GCUAGAAGUGUGGACAGACAGGAGAGAAGGGAGAAAAUUCAGACACAAUAAAACUCCCGAUGGGGGGAAAAAUUAUGUAGGAGGAGGAGGAGGGAGCCGCGGCCUGGGAAAGGGAUUGAAAAGUUUCGCCUGGUUUAACUUCUUCCUCCCCCCCCUUCAGCAACAGAAAGAGCAGCAGCCAAGAGCACAAGCUAAACAAACAAAAGGGGUCAUGGCACGCUUAACGAAACGACGGCAAGCAGAUACGAAAGCUAUCCAGCAUCUUUGGGCAGCUAUAGAAAUCAUUCGAAAUCAGAAGCAAAUUGCUAAUAUUGACCGUAUUACAAAGUGUAAGUAUCAUGUGCACACAAGUGGAAAUGUAUAUGCACAUGCCCGAAUUAAGACAUAUAGGUACAUGUCUCGGGUUCAUGGUAUGCAUCCCAAAGAGACCACCCGUCAGCUUAGUUUAGCGGUGAAAGAUGGACUUGUUGUUGAAACCUUGACUGUGGGAUGUAAAGGAUCAAAAGCCGGUAUUGAGCAAGAAGGAUACUGGCUGCCUGGAGAUGAGAUUGCCUACAGUAUGCAGCCUUUCUCCCGGACAACAGCAAAAAUCAAGGACUGGGAGACAGAAACUCAUGACUGGUAUUGUUUUGAAUGCCAUUUGCCUGGAGAGGUGUUGAUAUGUGACCUGUGUUUUCGUGUAUAUCAUUCCAAGUGUUUAUCUGAUGAGUUCAGGCUUAGAGACAGCAGUAGUCACUGGCAGUGCCCAGUUUGCAGGAGCAUUAAGAAGAAGAACACAAGCAAGCAAGAGAUGAGCACGUAUUUGCGCUUCAUUGUCUCCCGUAUGAAGGAACGAGCUAUCGAUCUGAACAAGAAAGGCAAGGACAACAAACACCCCAUGUAUCGUAGGCUGGUGCACACAGCUGUCGAUGUCCCAACUAUUCAAGAGAAAGUAAAUGAAGGAAAGUACAGGAGUUAUGAGGAGUUCAAAGCAGAUGCUCAGCUUCUUCUACACAACACAGUUAUUUUUUAUGGAGCGGACAGCGAGCAAGCUGAUAUAGCCAGGAUGCUUUACAAAGAUACCUGCCACGAGCUGGAUGAACUUCAGCUUUGCAAGAAUUGUUUUUAUUUAUCAAAUGCGCGGCCCGACAAUUGGUUCUGUUACCCUUGUAUACCCAAUCACGAGCUAGUUUGGGCUAAAAUGAAAGGUUUUGGAUUCUGGCCUGCCAAAGUCAUGCAGAAAGAGGACAAUCAGGUUGACGUUCGCUUUUUCGGCCAUCACCACCAAAGGGCAUGGAUCCCUUCAGAAAACAUUCAGGACAUCACAGUGAACAUACAUCGGCUGCAUGUGAAACGCAGCAUGGGCUGGAAAAAAGCGUGCGAUGAGCUAGAACUGCACCAGCGCUUCCUUCGGGACGGCAGAUUCUGGAAAUCAAAGAAUGAGGAUAAAGGCGAGGAGGAAGCAGAAUCUAGCAUUUCUUCCACCAGCAACGAACAGCUGAAGGUUACUCAGGAACCAAGAGCAAAGAAAGGAAGACGUAAUCAAAGCGUGGAACCCAAAAAGGAAGAGCCAGAGCCUGAAACUGAAGCUGUGAGUUCCAGCCAAGAAAUCCCCACAAUGCCUCAGCCCAUUGAAAAGGUUUCAGUCUCAACCCAGACCAAGAAAUUAAGUGCCUCUUCUCCCAAAAUGCUGCAUCGGAGCACCCAGACCAAUAAUGACGGAGUAUGUCAAAACAUGUGCCAUGACAAAUACACCAAAAUCUUCAGCGACUUCAAAGAAAGGAUCAAAGCUGAUCACAAGAGGGAGACGGAGAGAGUUGUGCGGGAAGCUCUUGAGAAGCUGCGUACAGAUAUGGAAGAGGAAAAAAGGCAAGCGGUGAAUAAGGCUGUUGCAAACAUGCAGACUGAGUGUGACCGAAAGACGAAGCAGGUCAAAGAGAAGUGUAAAGAGGAAUUUUUAGAAGAAAUUAAGAAGCUAGCUAGUCAGCACAAGCAAUUGAUUUCCCAGACCAAGAAGAAGCAGUGGUGCUACAACUGUGAAGAGGAGGCGAUGUACCACUGCUGCUGGAACACUUCCUACUGCUCCAUCAAAUGCCAGCAGGAACACUGGCACGCUGAGCACAAGCGCACCUGCCGCAGGAAAAGAUGAACGCUUUUUUCUUCCCUCUCGAAGGAAUCGCCCCCGUUUAUUGCCAUUUUCUGACGCAGCAGGUCUCUUUUUGUUUCCAAGGGGCCAGAAUUGUUUGGAAUUCGCUCCCCCCUUUUUUUGCACCGGCCUUUAAAACACUUUUUUCAUAAAGAACUUUUUGCACAGUUUUAAACUUCAGUCUUGCGUUUUAACGCUCCUCUCAAAUUGUUAAUUCCAACCCCCCCCCCCCCCCGGUCCCGUUUCUUUUUAGCUUUUUUUGUCUAAGGUGGUUUGAAUAUCAGCUGGAGCACAUUAAUUUGGGGGAGGGGGUAAUUUUAAACCUAGACAUUUGUUGCAUUUUCAGCAAAUAAAAAAAAAAUAAAAAUAAAGCAAAGUUUUUAGGUUUCAUAGAGACACAGAAAUAUAAUGACAGGAACAUUUUAAAAAGAGAUCUGAAUGUAAGAAGUAUAAAACUUUAGAAAAGAAAAAGCAUACUACCUUUGAUGUGUAACACUUACCUGUUAAUCGCAUGAGCUGGUUUUUGUUCAGCUUAAUUUCCUGUUUAAAGGCAUUAUCUAUUGGUUUGAACCAGUGGGUAUAUAUGAUUGAAUUUUGGGAACAGGGUUGACGCUGCAGGUGCGAGUCCUGCGUAUUUUUUUCUUACACUUCUUUUUCUCCCCCAGUUUUGUUUGUUUCAUUCGUUCCCCUCCUUCCAAUGUAUAACUUUUAUAACAAAAUAUCAGCUUUGAUCUUUUAGCUUAAAAAUCACAGGGGACUGGGGUAGCCUUUUGCUGAGCUGGAUCUUAGAGAAAAAUUAAUAUUUAAAUUUUAAAUUUUUGCACAUUUCAUCCUUGUUAACAUGGACGCUUGUAAAAAGGAAGCCAAAAAAUAAAAAAAGGAAAGGAAAAGAUAUCCAGUUUUACAUUUAGUCAUACAUGGAGCUGUAAAGAUGAGGCAUAAGAAGAAGAACGGCUUAAUAAUUCAUCCCUCUCCCUUCCCUACGGUUCCCUUCUACAUGGAACGUUCUUUGCCCAUUAAUCUAUGUUACUUAUUCGAUAGUAAAUUAAUUGAAAUUGGGAAGGGGUGGGAGAAAGCACUUAAGUUCCACAGAAGCAGUUAUGUUUGUAUUAAUUGGUCAAUCCCAUCUCUAUACUUAGAAUGAAGAAUAAUGCAUGUUACUUUUCCUGUAUUAAAGAUGCUGUGAUUUGUAAAAAGUCUGUCUUUCUGUGGAAUGUCUGGAUAAAGAAACAUUACCAAUGGGAAUGGACUGAUAGUUGAAAAUGGAUUUUCCCUUCCCCCCUUCCAUCUUUCUUUUCGUUUAUUUUAUGUAUAGGUAUAUAUACAUAUAAAUAUAUAUAUUAUAUAUAUAAAUUGCAUCCCUGUUCAGAGACAAUUUUUAAUAAUAGGUGUAAAGUUUAUUUAACCAACUUUUUUUUCUCUUUUAAAGCAUCUCAGCAUUUAGGGUUCUUUUAAAAAGGUUUGGUCUUAGACUCGACUAAUGCCCAUUAAUCACCUAGCUUUUUUUAAAAGUUAGAAAAAUAAUUUGUAAAUAUUUAUUUUAGACCUUGGAUAUUUAUUGAAAGCGAUGACACAAUGGAACGAUGGGAGUGGAAGAAAGGAGAGGAAAGUUUUUUUUUUUUUUUUAAAGGACGUUUUCUGUGGGUUUUGUCAGGGUCGAUAUAAAGAUUAAGCUCUUAUUCCGUCUUCUGUGAUCUGCCACUGAAAUCCAGACUGUAUGCAAACCACAGUAACUAGAAUGGACUAGAAACGGCUACAUACUUUCUAGCGUGAGGUUAGUGUGAAUUUAAAUUGGACUCUGCCAACGAUAACCUUCCCCCCGAUACUUGAGUUCUUGGCACAUACUAGCGUGCACAUAGAUCUCUCGCAUGCUCAAGCUGCCCUGUUCAUUCCAGUGGAUGGAAUACAUUCACCCUAUGCAGAGAAAAGAGCAGGCAAAUCUGCUUUCUCCACCGAAAUGUAGGCGGAAGCGCUUCCGGGCAGGGGAACGCCAUCUCAGCAUUGGAGCUCCGUCGCUCAGAAAAGGAUGCUUGAUUUGGGUUAUCUUGUGAUCUACAAUCCUUGAUUAGCCUUUGUUGGCUCUGUGUUGUGACAGUAAGGAAAUCACCAAACAACAAAGGGACACCCAAACCGUUUUGAUUAUUUUUACAAUUUCCCGAAAGAACUUCGGUCCAACCCUAUAUAAAAAAAGGCAAGUUUUCGUGGAAACUUUUUGCGUGUAAAAUCAUUCCAGGAUAUAUAAUAUUUAUCUGAUAGCUGCAUGAAAGUAAGGUUUGUGUUCUUUUGGCUUUUUUUUUUUUUUUUGGUCUCUGUUGACACGGUUGCACAUUUUCAAGUUACUACAGCGUGAAAACUCUUGUGUGUUUUUUUAAAAAAAACGACAAAAGAUUAACAAAAACAUUUUGUGGCCUGGUUUUGUAUAAGUUCUAGGGGGAAAUAUCAUUGUUUUAGGAAUCCUGAUUUAAUUUUUUUUCCCUGCAAAUCAUAAAGCUAUAUUCAAGUGUUGAGCUUAGCCACUAUGCACAUUGUAAUUUACUCAUUGUGGCUGUCCGGUUCUAUGAUGCAUUCUGGCAUUUUGUAAGCUGCUCUGACUAGCAAUAUAUAGAGUCAUUAAAUGUGUUAACAUUGGUUAAUAAAUGUAUUUGAAAAGGCAACAGUA